AUGCUUCAAUAUCCCUCAUCAAACAUCUUUCCAUCUCCGCCUCUAUCCAGUCAUCACUAUGGCCAAGCCGCACAGACUGCGCCAGGUCUCAUCACUUCGUUUGGUGUGUCAAAAGAUUGGCGUGAUCCUAACACCACCAAAACGCCGCUCUUUACCACUGCACAGCCAAGUCCCAAUAUCAAACGAUAUGCAAAAUUGAAUGGCGCCUGCUCAAAAUUACCGAUGAGGCAGCAUGUCGUGGAUGAUGACCUUUCUCCGUUGCAAGACCAUACCGCUGGGAUAUAUUGCCCUCUUCUCGGAUCUGAAAGAUUUCGGCUCCUGGAAGUUCUCCCGGGUGUCGGUGAUAUCAUCAACGCCAGACUUCAUGUCUGCAAUGUGUCAAAGAACAUAGUGGCAUACGAGGCAUUAUCAUACACUUGGGGCGGUGGUAUGGUUCCCCAUAAGCUGCGCGUUGAAGCAAAUCGAGAACAUCAUAUGAUCAGUGUUUCACAGAACCUUUACUCCGCUCUGUUCAGUUUACGACAAGCCACUUCGUCAAGGUUACUAUGGGUUGACGCCAUCUGUAUCAAUCAAGAGGAUAUGAUCGAGAAAGGCCAACAGGUGCGAAUGAUGAAGACAAUCUACAGUAUCGCCCACCGUGUUGUGGUAUGGCUUGGCGACGAUAACAGUUAUUUUGUUGAUGGGAUUAAGAGAUCACCGCCUGCGUCAGAAGGUUUCUCUUCUGUAUGCACAAUCGUCAACGACUGGCUUAAUCGAAACGGCGAGAAAGAGAUUAAGGCGGCAUAUUAUAAAAUUCUGGAUAAUGGCGUUUCUAUUAUGAGGAGUGGCAAAACCUCCAAUUCCGAAACCUCGAACUCAUAUGAAGAAUUCUGCUAUCAUCAUUCUUCCGCGUUGAAACUAUUCGGGCGAAGGUGGUUCUCACGAGUCUGGGUAUUUCAGGAGGCUGUCCUUGCCAGGAGCGCUAUUGUACAACUGGGACCAUACCAAAUCGAAUGGGAAUGGGUUGGACUUGCAGCAUCCAUCAUUCUCCACAAUCCGGUUGUUGAGAAGAGUGGCCCGGAGCGGAAAAGAGUACCAACAGGAGUAACAAAUGCGUACCUUAUGUAUCGUCUGUCAGCAUCACAAAGUUACUUCCCACCUCUCAAGUUUACUUUUACCCAACUACUUCGCGUCACCCGGCCAUUCAAUUGCAAAGAUGAACGAGAUAAAAUUUAUGGACUGAUAGGUAUCCAAACCACCGAUGGUCUUAACGAAAAGAUCAUUCCAGAUUACAGCAAGGGAACUGGAUUGGAGCAAAUCUAUCAGAAUGUUGCGUGGCUCCUCCUGAGAAGUGAGUCGCCUCUAUCAAUUCUUUCCUCGGCCCGAAUGUUCCUUCACGAACCUGAAUAUCCAUCCUGGGUUCCCAGAUGGGGUUAUCAACAACCAUGGACUAUCCUUCCUGUCCAUCCACAUUCCCAAUUUCAGUGCGCACUUGCCAGACCAUCAGCAAUUAUUGGCUCUGAUGGAACAGAAAAACUUGUAGUAGAAGGUGUGAUUGUCCAUCGUAUCAAAAGAGUAUGGGACACGGCCGGCUAUGAGUACUUGCAAGACAGCAAAGACGAUGACUUUCUCGACCAACCUCGAUGGAUCAAUCCUGAUUGGGACAAGCAAGAUACCAAAACCCAAGAAUUCCUUUCUAAACCUCGCUGGAGUGAGGCAGACUGGGAAAAGUGCGCUCUUAGCAUGACUUGCGGCGGUGAUGGGAGAGGGUACGCGGUGGCGAACGUAAAUAUUCAUGCUGCCGACUUGGCAGCUGCAGUGCUCUCACCACACCGAAGCUGGCUCAUUCACAACCUUUUAGCGUUCGAAACUACCGUGAAAUCGAGACAAGAUGAUAUGACACAAUUUGACUUCCUUACGAGUAUUGCCAAAAGAGGAAACCUCAACAGGUUCAUCAACGCCAUGGCGCCUUUACACCACAAUUAUAAAGCUUUCGUGACUGAUUUGGACUUCUUUGGUGUUGGCCCUGUAACUAUGAGGGAAGGUGAUAUGCUUUGCGUAUUAUUCGGUGCGGCGGUCCCAUUUGUUCUCAGGCGAACUCAAGGUGGAUAUAAGCUUAUUGGAGAAUGUUAUGCCUUUGACUUGAUGCAUGGCGAGAUCUUUACAAUGAUGGCCUUGGACUCAAGUGGGUGGCUCAAGCCUAGUUAUAUAACACUUUUGUAG